AUGGCCAAUAGAAGAGGACCCAGUGCACGACAUCCUGCUGGUAGUAGACGACUGCCGGUCAAAAAUCGUAUUCCUGGUCUUAUGCAGCAACCUGGCAGCGCCAAUAUAACGCCAAAUAUAUCGUAUACUCCCAGAUUUAGUAUAGAGCCACCACGCACACCACCUCCUGGGCAACCCUCCUCUUCUGAUUGGGACUCUUACAAUCCUUCGCAGCGCGAACAAAUACAAGGAGAAGCAUGGAGAAAAUUAGCUGAAGCAUGGCAACAAUGGUCUGGAUCUGAGAAAACAUGGGAAGGAGUGCGACAUCUCGGGCAAGGAGGUGCCGGCUCUGCAGAUCUGUAUCGAAAGAUUAGAACGGAAGAGGGAACGGAAGCAAUGCCUGAAUAUAUUGUGGUCAAACAAGCUGACGGUUCAGAUAAUGAUCUUUUGAGUGAAUCGAUGUUACUCCAAUUAUUCAUGGGUAGAAACACGCCACAUGUGCUGAAGAUAUAUCAGGGAUACCACGAAGGCGAGGUUUUACCACGUAACAUUGGAGGAAUGUUUGAUAUUGGGAGGCAGAAUUUCCAAAAGCGUCAAAAGAGGUGUCAAAGCAGGAUCUAUCUUGAAUUUUGCGAGAAUGGUGAUGUCGAAAACUGGAUCGCAAAUCGGAUCGAAAAGUCCGAUACCGUACUUCAAGAGAAAGAGAUCUGGAACAUAUUUGAGUGUUUAGCUCGAGCAUGCAUCAUGCUCGAGAGGGGAAGUGAGAAUUUAGGGGAUGAAAAUGAUCGAGACUGGAUCCCUAUCUGCCACUUGGAUAUUAAGCCGGCAAACAUACUCAUUGGAGAUAAGGAUGAAAUUCAUGACGUCGGCAUCUUUAAGAUGGGAGACUUUGGUUUAGCAAGCCAUGUCCCUAAUAACCCACAAGAUCCCGGAUGGCUUGAACAUGUUGCGAAUAAUUUGACGCUCGGAUGGGGCGCGCCGGAACAAUUUUUUCCUCAAAUGCAGAAUCGUUUCUAUAGUACACCUGCCAAUGUCUUUGGCGUAGCUGCAAUAGUAUACUUUCUAAUGACAAAACAACAAGUCAGAAUAGGCCAAGACAUGGCGUAUGUAGGAUUUCCAUCAUCAGACAGUGAUCCCACAGUCGCACUACGGAAACUAGUGCUAACAUGUGGACGGAACCUACUCGAUGAUCGUACGAUAAAAGGCUCGGGUAUCUAUUCGAAAACUCUCACAAGAACGUUACUCCAAUGUCUCACGUAUUCACCCCAUGAGCGCAUGACUGCGAAACAAUUACUAGAUGUAUGUACCACUGGUAGAUUCCUCUGCAAGAAUAUGGAAGAGAAAUAUAUAUAUGAAGAUAGCCAGCCAGUGACCAAUUAUUGGCCAGAGAAAGUCGUGCCAAGCAUUCCUAAGUAUCAGGACCCCAAAAAACGUUUAAAAUAUAAUCCAACCCACAAAUCGAUUGCAGAGGAAAAAGAGAGAGAAGAAAUAUUCCUGGCAUCUUUUUGGGUAACUCAGCCUAAGCAAUUAGCACCGCCAACCUCCUUUUCUGCAAGUGCCUUCAACUCCACGCUGGAUUCCAGCUCAAGUUCAGGUGCAACCAUGCCUUACAAUUUUGGAAAGCUGUCCUCCGGCUCAAAAUUGGGUGGCGCUAGUCCUUUUGAAACUGAAGAUAUCUCUGGCGUCGAUUCAACUCCAGGGAGUAGCUUUAUGUUCGGACAACAUCAGCCUACAUAG